GCGCUGUCGGAUCUAUUAACGGUGUGGAACGAGAGGACUGCAUCCUUGUCAUGGAGGGUUAUGUGGUCAUCUGGGACCAGCACCAAGCCGUUCUUAGUCCACUCUCUGAAGAAAACCGACCCAGCGGCGUCACAGGUAUAAAUAGCCGACGGUCUGGAGGCACUGAAACAGGAAAGGUUGAUGUUUGACCCUUCUGCGAUGUAUUCUUCUAAUGGAGACACCUGGAGGCUCAAGUCAUGGAGCGGGUGUGCUGCCAGAAUGCUCGGCAGCAAUUACUGGAGAAAAGAAGACAUUCACCGUAGAACUGACUCCACCAACGACACCAAUAGAUUUUAUUGAAUGGAGCUUUACCGAUAGAAAUGAUGUCUCUACGAUUAUAAUAUCCACCAAUACCGGACCAAACCCUGACUACCAAGACAGGAUCCACGUGUUCCCUGAAACGGGAUCUCUGGAGCUCAGGAACUUAAUCCUGAGUGAUAUUGGUGAUUACAAAGUCAUCAUAAGAGUUGGUGAAGUGCAACAAACAGGAAGCUGUUUUCUUUACUUACACGAACUAAUCGGAGGUGUGGGCAUCAAGCACACCAGCACAGACCUGUUGGAGUCAAGCGGCUCAGUCACUAUGACCUGCUUCACGACUGCCGGUACUGACAUUACUUACGGCUGGCUGAACUCUACCAAUGAGGUCAAAGCUGGCGAUAGAGUUCAGAUCACGGAGGGAGGCUCCAAACUCACCAUAACCAACGUGAACCGUUACGACACGGGACCUUACAGGUGUCGUGUGUCCAACCUUGUCAGCAGUAGCACCAGCGGCCCAGUCGAACUCGACAUCAGCUAUGGCCCUGAAAACAUCAGUUUAUCCACAUCUCCUUCACUGGAACACCACAAAGUUGGAUCCAACAUCAACCUGACCUGCUCAUCGGAAUCCAAUCCUCCUGCAGUGUACCAAUGGUUUUUUAAUGGAGCCCUGUUGCCUGUCCUUGGACCUGAGCUCAGACUGAAGAACGUUCUAGAGAGUCAGAGUGGCAACUAUCGCUGUCAAGCAUACAACAACAAAACACUGAAUUCUCUAACACAGAGCACGCCUUUAUCUAUACUCACACCUAUUUCCAGAGUAGAAUUAAGGACUGACACCACAGACCUUAUUGAAUUCAGUGGUCCAGUUAGUCUGUUAUGUUCUGCCACUGGGUCUUCACCCUCCUUCCGUUGGGCCAACGGCAGCUCUGAAAUUACGAAAAACGAUAGAGUUCAGAUCACCGAUGGAGGCUCCAAACUCACCAUCCUAAAUAUCAACCGCUAUGAUAAAGGACCAUUUCGUUGCCACGCAUUCAACCCGAUCAACGACGGCACCAGCAAUCCUGUAGUUCUGUCUGUUAACUAUGGACCAGAGAAUAUUAAUCUGACGAAAACACCAUUCCAAGAACACUAUAACGAAGGUUCGGACGUUGACCUCUUGUGCUCUGCUACUUCGGUCCCUCCACCGCAGUUUCGUUGGUUAAAAAACGGAGAGCUCUUGUCCCAUACCGGACCAGCGCUCCAACUAAAGAACAUUCACUUUAAUCAGAGAGGAAACUAUUCCUGUCAAGCCUUUAAUGACAGAACACAGAGGACUGUAACAUCAGAUCCUGUCUCUAUUUCAGUGAUAAGAUCAGAAAUCUCCAACGUGGUGAUAAUUCCCAGCAAAACAGAAAUGGAAGAGUUCAGUGGCUCGGUCAGUCUCACCUGCACCUAUGAGGGAUUGUUUCCCAACUUUGUUUGGCGUAACAGUAGCUCCGAGUUGAUUGCUGGAGAUGGAGUCCAGAUUGAGAGCAAAGGCGCUGUUGUCAUCAUCCUUAACGUGAGCCGCUACGAUGAGGGGCCUUACACCUGCCACGUUUUUAACAACUUUAGCAGUGCCACCAGUCCGCCGCUGAAACUCUCCAUCUACUAUGGCCCUGAAAACAUCAGUGUAUCCACCUCCCCAUUACUGCAAUACCACCCGGUUGGGUCCAACAUCCAUCUAUCCUGCUCGUCUGGAUCUAGACCUCCUGCAGUGUACCAGUGGUUCUUUAACGGAGAGCUGUUGCCUGUUUCUGGAUCUGAGCUCAGCCUGAGGAACGUUCUAGAGACUCAGAGUGGCAACUACCGCUGUCAGGCAUAUAACACCAAAACACUGAAGUCUCAAACAAAGAGCUCAACUAUAACUAUACUCACACCCAUUUCCAGAGUGGAAUUAAGGACUGACACCACGGACCUUAUCGAAUUCAGUGGUGCAGUUAGUCUGUUCUGCUCUGCCACUGGGUCUUCGCCCUCUUUCCGCUGGGCCAACGGCAGCUCUGAAAUUACGAAUAACGACAGAGUUCAGAUUACCAAUGGAGGCUCCAAACUCACCAUCCUCAAUAUUAGCCGCCAUGAUACAGGACCAUUUCGGUGCCAUGCAUUCAACCUUAUCAGCAACGACACCAGCAAUCCUGUUGUUCUGUCUGUUUACUAUGGACCAGAGAAUAUUAAUCUGACGAAAACACCAUUCCAAGAACACUAUAACGAAGGUUCGGACGUUGAUUUGUUGUGCUCUGCUUCUUCGGUCCCUCCACCGCAAAUUCGUUGGUUCAAAAACGGAGAGCUCUUGUCUCACACUGGACCAGCACUCCAGCUAAAGAACAUUCGUUUUCAUCAGAGAGGAAACUAUUCGUGUCAAGCCUUUAAUGACAAAACACUGAGGACUCAAACAUCAGAACCCGUGGCUAUUUCAGUAAUAAAAUUUGAAAUCUCCAAUGUGGUGAUAAUUCCCAGUAAAACAGAGAUGGAAGAGUUCAGUGGCUCAGUCAGUCUCACCUGCACCUUUGAUGGAGUUUCCACCAACAUUAUUUGGCGUAAAGGCAGUUUCGAGUUGACGGCUGGAGAUGGAGUCCAGAUUGAGAGCAAAGGCGCUGUCGUCACCAUCCUUAACGUGAGCCGCCACGACGAGGGGCCGUACACCUGCCAGGUCUUCAACGACUUUAGCAGUGCCACCAGCCCGCCUCUGAAACUCUCCAUCUACUAUGGCCCUGAAAACAUCAGUGUAUCCACCUCCCCAUCACUGCAAUACCACUCGGUUGGAUCCAACAUCCAUUUGUCCUGCUCGUCUGGAUCUAGACCUCCAGCAGUCUACCACUGGUUCUUUAACGGAGGGAUGUUGCCUGGCUCUGGAUCUGAGCUCAGCCUGAGGAACGUUCUAGAGAGUCAGAGUGGCAACUACCGCUGUCGAGCAUAUAACAACAAAACAAUGAAGUCUCAAACACAGAGCUCAACUAUAACUAUACUCACACCCAUUUCCAGAGUGGAAUUAAGGACUGACACCACAGACCUUAUUGAAUUCAGUGGUCCAGUUAGUCUGGUCUGUUCUGCCACUGGGUCUUCGCCCUCUUUCCGUUGGGCAAAUGGCAGCUCUGAAAUUACGAAUAACAACAGAGUUCAGAUUACCAAUGGAGGCACCAAACUCACCAUCCUUAAUAUUAGCCGCCAUGAUACAGGACCAUUUCGGUGCCAUGCGUUCAACCUUAUCAACAGCGACACCAGCAAUCCUGUAGUUUUAUCUGUUUACUAUGGACCAGAGAAUAUUAAGAUCACUAAAUCACCAGUCCAAGAACACUACUACGAAGGUUCAAACGUUGACCUCGUGUGCUCUGCCUCUUCGAGCCCUCCACCGCAAUUUCGGUGGUUCAAAAAUGGAGAGCUCUUGUCCCACAGUGGACCUGCGCUUCAGCUUAAGAACAUUCAUUUUCAUCAGAGAGGAAACUACUCCUGUCAGGCCUUUAAUAACAAAACACAGAGGACUAUUACAUCGGAGCCCCUUGCUAUUUCAGUGAUAAGCUUAGAAAUCUCCAACGUGGUGAUAAUUCCCAGCAAAACAGAGAUGGAAGAGUUUAGUGGCUCAGUGAGUCUCAACUGCUCCUUUAAGGGAUUGUUUCCCACCUUUGCCUGGCGUAACGGCAGCUCCCAGUUGACGGCCGGAGAUGGAGUCCAGAUUAACAACAAUGGCGCUCUCGUCACCAUCCUUAAUGUGAGCCGCUACGAUGAGGGGCCUUACACCUGCCAGGUCUUCAACAACUUUAGCAGUGCCACCAGCCCUCCACUGAAACUCUCCAUCUACUAUGGACCAGAAAACGUUUAUUUUGAAAUAUUUCCUCCACGGGAAUACUUUGAGACUGGAUCCAAGAUCAGCAUGUCCUGCUCAGCUGCAUCCAGACCUCCUGCCCUCUUUCAGUGGUAUCAAAAUGGAUACCUGUUGCCCUAUACAGGAUCGAAGCUCAACCUGGUGAACGUUCAAGAGCAUCACAGCGGAAACUAUAGCUGUCGGGCCUUUAACAACAAAACUUUGAAAUAUCAAACAACAAGGCCAUCAGCCAUCAUUAUACUGACACCAGUUUCUAACGUGACUCUUACCGCAAGCCCCCAAGUGAUGUUUGAGUUUAGCUCUACCACUUUGUACUGCUCCUCUGCCGGAACCGCAGUCUCUUAUCGAUGGUUGAAUGGCAGCUUGGAGGUCACAGCCGAUCACAGAGUUCAGAUCACCAACGGAGGCUCCAAGCUUACCAUCGUCAGCGUGACCCGCUACGAAGAGACAGCAUUCAGGUGCAAUGUUUCCAACGCCGUCAGUGAUAGACUCAGCCAGGCGUUGCAUCUUUAUAUUCAGUACGGUCCAGACUACGUGACCAUUGAGGGCCCAGACUCGGUUUACGUUGGACACUACGCAGUGCUUCUCUGCACAACCUCGUCUGUGCCGACAGCGAGCUUUACAUGGCUUUUUAAUGGAAAGCCCACUGGAGUGCACACAGCCAAAUACGUAAUUGAUUUAAGCCGGAGUUCGGACGCCGGGAUGUACGUCUGCACAGCCACAAAUGCGAUCACAGGGAGGUGUGCAACAGGAAGCCACAAUUUGACUGUUUCAGACCUCCCGGUGUGCUACACCUCAAUGGCUGCGGGUGUGGGUGCUGCGAUAACAAUCUUAUGCUUGAUUUUACUUGUCGCAGUGAUCUUGUUGAUCGUAUUUUGUGUGAGUGGGAAAUGCCUAGGGACAUGUGUGAAGCACUCAGACACGUACAAUGUGUCAGAUAGACCUUCUAGUUCUGCAAAUGCGGAAGAAAAAGGGAAGCCCACUUAAAGAAGUAGUGCAAGGUGUCCCGAGAGUGGAAUUCAGCUGCUGGUGGCAUAUGUAGUUGUAUUGACUUGAAUGUGUAUAUAAAUUGUGUAUUAGGUUUUGACAGGUUAUUACUUUCACUCUUCUAUUUUUACUGUUAAUGUUAUACCUGCCUCAAGGUAAUCACAGUACAUGCGCCGCACGUUAAUCAUAAAAUAAAGGCAAGUUCACAAUAAAACACAACAACUUGAAUUUAUGGUAAAAUAACUGGCAGCUGUGGUUGUCAGAAUUAUACCGAUAAAUAUACAGGGAAACCGUGUAACAUUCAUUGUUGAAUUCACAAAAAACUACUGUGACAAUAGUUGUAUUUUAUUAUAAUAAUAAUUCGCAACUGUUCUUUUACCUCAAAAUUACUAUAAAAAGUACAUAUUUUUAACAUGUCUUAUGUUGGUGACAUCACAGUGCUCUUGUUCUUUCCCCUUAUCCAACUAGAAUUUGAAGCCAAGCUGUCACUGUGGCAGGGUGUACUAACUACAAAGCCAACAGCAUAGUCCAUUUUCACCUCUCCCAGGGGUCAUGUUUUCAUAAUCUUCUACAUGUACGCAAAAUGGCCUGCAGUAGCUCAGUAGUUAGCACGUUUGACUACCAAGAUACCGUCAAGAUGGUUUAUA